AUGAACUAUAAAAGCCUGGCUAUCCCCCCAGCCACACUGGGCAGCACUGGAAUGAGCAAGUCAGGAGCUGUGACAGGAAAGCUGAUGAUUUCCUCCAAAUUGGAUCCGGAGCAGCCCUUAGCACCUCGUGCUCCCAUCAGCAGGUUUUACACAGCCUUGGUCACGGGGGACCUGAGGAGCCUCCAGGUCCUGACUGAGAGAUACCAAGAUGUCAACAUGGUCUUUGAGAUCAGUGAGAACGAGCUGGAGUGGCAGGUGAAAAGCCAAGCUUCUUACAGACUCUCAGAGCUGUGGGCGCUGGAGGAGAGGCAGGAGCUGAGCACCCCUCUGUGCCUCGCCGCCCGCCACGGCCACCCCGACUGCCUGCGCCACCUCCUGUGCCGCGGGGCCGACCCCAACCGCCCGGGGGGCCAGGGACCCCUGCACGACGCCUGCCAGGGAGGGCACAGCGACUGUGUGGAGCUGCUGCUGGAGUACAGAGCCAACCCCAACCUGCAGAGCGAUGAGGGGCUGGCCCCGCUCUGCAGCACCCCGGACUCCCUGCGGUGUGCCAGGCUCCUGCUGAGACACGGGGCGGCCGUGGGACAGCCGAUCGAGGCGGGAGGGGACACAGCUCUGCACGUGGCCGCCCGGCACCGCCUGUGCUACCACGCCCGGCUCUACCCAGCGCCGGGCAUCCUCUGCGGGCAUCCCCCGGGGGUGGGCAGCGAUUCCCUGCAGCUUUUCCGGCUGCUGGCCGCCCACGGCGCCGACGUGGAGGCGCGGGACGAGAGCGGGAGGAGCCCCUUGCGCCGGGCGUGCGGGGCGGCCGAGGCGGAGCUGCGCGGCGCCGAUGCCAACGCCAUCCACUACGACGGCGUGUCCCCGCUGCGCUGGGCUCUGCAGGAGCGUCCCCACCUCACCGUCCAGCUGCUGCUCAACCACGGCUCCCGCAAGAUUCGGCCGCCCGCCUUCGUCAAGGUGCUGAAAUCCUGCGCGGCCGUGCCGGAGGUCAUCGAGGUCCUCUUCAAUUCCUACUCCCAAAUCCCCGUCUGCCAGGAGUGGUCCAAAGUCGUGCCAGAGGAGGUGUUCCAGGUGAGGCAGCACUGCUGCUUUGGCAGGGUUUUCCCCAUGGAACAGUGCAGCACCGACCUUUUUGGGCUGGCGGGCAGAGCGCGGUGCCUGCAGCACUGGUGCCAUUCCCUCAUCCCUCUGCUGCCCCUGCCCCGGGCUCUGCGGGAUUUCCUGCUGCUGGAGCCCCAGGGAGUCGUGAUGUGA